AUGAAGAGUGGUGGACAAUACCUCAAAGACUGUAUUGGAAUUGCGAGUUCUGGGUUGUGGCGGCUGGUUCUGGGGCAGAGCGGGCAGAGGCAGCUGGUUGUGGGGCAGAGCGGGCAGAGCCAGCUGGUUGUGGGGCAGAGGCAGCUGGUUGUGGGGCAGAGGCAGCUGGUUGUGGGGCAGAGCCAGCUGGUUGUGGGGCAGAGCGGGGAGAGGCAGCUGGUUGUGGGGCAGAGCGGGCAGAGGCAGCUGGUUGUGGGGCAGAGCGGGGAGAGGCAGCUGGUUGUGGGGCAGAGCGGGCAGAGGCAGCUGGUUGUGGGGCAGAGGCGGCUGGUCCUGUGGCAAAGGCGGCUGGUUCUGGGGCAGAGUGGGCAGUGGUGGCUGGUUCUGGGACAGGCAGGUAUUAAGGUGUUUUAG